UUCUUCUUAUUGAGCAAAAACUUUGAAUUUCGACGAGAUGAUUUCUGCUUCGAUUCGGGUUACGAUAUACCGCAAAUCAGUUUGGGACGCUGCCAUUCUCAGGGUGGAAAUCAACAUUUUGAAUACAAUGAUGAUAACGAAAUUAAGCAGAACAGCAAUUGCAUGACAAUCAGUGAGGAUGGAAAGAAGAUAACCAUGGAGAAAUGCACCGGAUCUGAGUAUCAGAAGUGGGUGAUGAGUCGAAAACCCUUCGUUCCACAGAAGAAUGGGGCUGCGCGAUGA